CGCGCACUUACAAGUUACAACACAUUUCAUUAUUCACACUUCUUCCUCCGAUCCAAUAAAUGGCGGAACCGUCGUCCACCGCCGCCACCGCCGCCACCGCUGCCACCGCUGCCACCGCUGCCACCGCCGCCACCGCUUCCACCGCUGAUCCUCCGGCGCCAGUGACUAAAAGCUGGGCCGACGAAGCAGACGAAGAAACCAACAACACCUCCACCGCCGAGUCAGAAAGCUCCUCCAUUAACCUGGAAGCGUUAACCAUCGACGAUAAAGAAAAGAACUCUUCCAAAUUCUUGGAUGAUCCCGAUGAUUCCAAUAUCCAAGCGGUUACUUCUGGCGACACGCCGUACACCUCGGCGGCGAGGUUCGAGGACCUGAGCCUCUCGCCGGAGCUUUUGAAGGGGCUCUAUGUGGAGAUGAAGUUUGAGAAGCCGAGCAAGAUCCAGGCGAUAAGCUUGCCGAUGAUCCUGAGCCCGCCCCACCGGGACCUGAUCGCGCAGGCGCACAAUGGCUCCGGCAAGACUACAUGUUUCGUGCUUGGGAUGCUCAGCCGCGUCGACCCAAAGGUGCAGGCGCCGCAGGCGCUCUGUGUCUGCCCCACCCGGGAGCUGGCCAUUCAGAACGUGGAGGUGCUCCGCAGGAUGGGGAAGUACACCGGGAUUGCAUCUGAGUGCCUUGUGCGGUUGGACCGGGAUGCCGUUCAUGUAUCGAAAAGGGCACCUAUUAUGGCGCAGGUGGUGAUUGGGACCCCAGGGACAAUCAAGAAGUUCAUUAGCUUCAAGAAACUUGGGACCUCGAGGUUGAAGAUUCUUGUUUUCGACGAGGCUGAUCAAAUGCUUGCGCAGGAAGGAUUUAGAGAUGAUUCUUUGAAGAUAAUGAAAGAUAUAGAAAAAGACAAUAAAAAGUGUCAGGUUCUUCUGUUUUCUGCUACAUUUAAUGACACCGUCAAGAAUUUCAUUUCAAGGACAGUCAAGAUGGAUCAUAAUAAACUCUUUGUAAAGAAAGAAGAACUAUCUUUAGAUGCAGUGAAGCAGUAUAAAGUGUAUUGUCCCGAUGAACUUGCUAAGAUUGAUGUGAUAAAAGAUUACAUAUUUGAAAUAGGAGAGAAUGUGGGGCAAACUAUUAUAUUUAUGGCCACAAGAGAUAGUGCAAGAUUAUUGCACCAAGCACUUGUUAAUUUGGGCUAUGAGGUUACAUCUAUACAAGGUUCUCUUAGUAAUGAAGAGAGAGACAAAGUUGUCAAGGAGUUCAAAGAUGGUUUGACUCAAGUUCUUAUAUCAACAGAUAUUCUUGCUCGUGGCUUUGAUCAGCAACAGGUUAAUUUGGUCAUCAAUUAUAAUCUUCCAAAUAAACACAGUUUACGGGAUGAACCAGAUUAUGAAGUGUAUCUGCACAGGGUUGGCAGAGCUGGGCGUUUUGGGCGCAAGGGGGCUGUAUUUAACCUGAUAUGUGAUGAAAAUGAUGAAAGGCUCAUGUCGAAGAUUGAAAACCAUUUUGGCACUUGUGUAACUGAGGUGCGAGCUCAAAGUGUUGAAGAAUAUAAAGCCGCUCUCAAGGAAGCCGGUUUACUGCAAUGAUGCCGUCCUCUUUUUACUUUUUGUUCGUAUACUAUAUUUACUUGCUGAAUAGAGUAAAGUUGACUUGGGAUUUAUCGACCCUUUUCUCCCAUCUUUACAUUUAUCCAUCCAUUGUUCUCUUCUUUUUUCACUGAAACUGUUAAAACUUGUAAUGUUUUUCAAUGAUCUCCUUUUCUGUCAAUUAUCGUUCCUUCAAAUUAUUUAUCUUGGCUGCGAGAUUUUUCAAACAAAAAGGAAGAGCUUUUGGUGCA